UCCGGGCCCAAGCUAGGCCACCAUUAUAAAAGGCUGCUCCUUAGCUUGGAUGAAUUGAAUCUGCAUGAGCUUCUUCAACCAUAUAUCACCACUCUUAUUCCCUCUCCAUUAAAACUUAGCCUUAGAUUGUUGAUAAUGGCAUUACCUCAAACAGAAAAUGAAGCAAAAAUCCUCCCAGAUGCCUGGGACUUCCAUGGCCGCCCCGCCCUCCGCUCCUCCUCCGGCGGCUGGAGCAGCGCCGCCAUGAUUUUGGGGGUUGAGGCUUGUGAGAGGUUGACGACGUUGGGAAUCGCCGUCAACCUUGUGACCUACUUGACGGGGACCAUGCAUUUAGGGAAUGCUAACGCCGCCAAUAACGUCACUAACUUUCUUGGAACUUCCUUCAUGCUCACCCUCCUUGGUGGCUUCAUUGCUGACACUUUCCUCGGAAGGUACUUCACAAUCGCCAUCUUUACCACUGUUCAAGCGACGGGUGUGACCAUUUUGACCAUCUCAACAAUAAUACCAAGCCUAAGGCCUCCAAAGUGUGAACGGGGAAGCCCGGCAUGUAUUCCGGCGAGCGGCGCACAGCUGCUUGUCCUGUACGCGGCCCUUUACCUGACGGCGCUGGGCACCGGCGGCCUGAAGUCCAGCGUGUCUGGGUUCGGGUCGGACCAGUUCGACGAGACCGACAAGAAGGAGCGGGGCCAAAUGGUGAAGUUCUUCAACUGGUUCUUCUUCUUCAUCAACGUCGGAUCCCUGGCCGCCGUGACCGUGCUGGUGUACAUCCAGGACAGCCUCGGGCGGAGAUGGGGGUACGGCAUUUGCGCCUGCGCCAUCGUGGCGGCGCUUCUCGUGUUCCUGUCGGGGACGAAACGGUACCGUUUCAAGAAGCUGGUGGGGAGUCCGCUGACGCAGGUGGCGUCGGUGUUCGUGGCGGCGUGGAGGAAGAGGGACUUGGACUUGCCGUCGGAUCCCUCUCUUCUCUUCAAUACCGACGAUAUCGCCGGCGACCAUGCAAGCAAGAAGAAGCAAAAGUUGCCGCACAGCAAACAGUUCCGGUUCUUGGACAAGGCUGCAAUCAAGGAGGGAGAAGCAAGUGAAGGCAACAAAUGGACAGUGGCAACGUUAACAGACGUGGAAGAAGUGAAACAAGUGAUCAGAAUGUUACCCACGUGGGCAACGACCAUAAUGUUUUGGACCGUCUACGCUCAAAUGACGACGUUUUCCGUGUCGCAAGCCACCACCAUGGACCGCCGCAUCGGCAAGUCGUUCGAGAUCCCGGCGGCAUCGCUGACCGUCUUCUUCGUCGGGAGCAUCCUGCUCACCGUCGCGUUCUACGACCGCGCCGUCGUGCCCGUUUGCCGCCGAGUCUUGAAGAACCCGCAGGGCCUAUCUCCGCUGCAACGAAUCGGGGUGGGGCUGGUGUUUUCCAUCUUCGCCAUGAUCGCCGCCGCCUUGACGGAAAUCAAGCGGCUAAAGGUGGCCCAAUCGCACGGGUUGACAAAUGACCCAAAUGCCACCAUUCCCCGAAGCGUAUUCUGGCUGGUCCCACAGUUUUUCCUAGUGGGGGCCGGAGAGGCCUUUACCUAUAUUGGGCAACUCGAUUUCUUCUUACGGGAAUGCCCCAAAGGGAUGAAAACAAUGAGCACUGGCCUGUUUCUAAGCACGCUUUCGCUGGGAUUCUUCUUUAGCUCGACCUUGGUCACCAUUGUUCACAAGGUGACGGGGGAGAAAACGCCAUGGCUGGCUGAUAAUUUGAACCGGGGAAGGCUCUAUGAUUUCUACUGGCUGCUAUCGAUUCUGAGUGUUAUUAAUUUGAUGCUUUUCUUGUUCUGCUCGAGAUGGUAUGUGUACAAGGAGAAGAGGCUUGCGGAUGAGGGGAUUGAGUUAGAGGAAGAAGAAUCUGCAGCGGCAUGCCAUUAACACCUACUACUGCGGGCCAUUCAUCCAGAGGAUUGAAUCAACAACACAACUAUGUUCAUCCUUAAUUGCUUCUUUGUUCCUUAAUUUCAAAGGUUAAAAAUAAUUUCAUUUUGUAAGCUUGUUACUUAUUGUACAUAAAAAGAAAUGCUACCUUAUGUUUCAAAUCCUUUUUGAAUUGGUCUAUAAUUAUAUUUUAUGUGCA